AUGGAUUUGAAUAAAGAAGCUAUCGAUAGAUUAAAGUCGAAAUUCAAAUCUAAUUUUGAUUCUCUUCCUGAAGAUGUUAAACAAUUUUUAAUUUCUAACGAAAUAAAACUUAUUGAUGAAGAACAAGAAGAAGCUUCUAAAAAUAAUUUAUCUAGACAUUUAGCACAGGUAAAUUAUAAAAAGAAUAAAAUGAAAAAAGAAAGAGAGAAAGUAUCUAAAUGGUCUUAUGAUAAAAUAGUAAAAUCUACUAUAUCAGAAAUAAAUACUGUUUAUAAUGUUGAUUUAAAAUUGAAUACUUUUAGUUUAGAUUUAUUAAAAAGUUAUAAAGAUGAAUAUAAUAUUUUUAUAGAAAAUUUAAAAAACAAAAGAUUUUAUUUAAGCUUUAAAUUUUGUCAUCUUUAUUUUUAUAUAGAAAAGAAUGGUAAAAUAUUUGCUUCUACUAGAAUAACUAGAAUCACUCCUUCUACUUUCGAAAAAGAUAUAACUAGAGCUUAUGGAAAAUUAGAUUCUCUUUUAAAUACUUUACAAGAUGAUGUUUAUGGUUAUCAACCUAUUUUAACUGAAGGACAAUGUAAUACUUUAGCUAUUUUUAGAUUUUAUUAUAUAACUAUUCCAAGAUGUGUUAAGAAUUGGGAUUUGUCUGAAACAACUAUUCAUUUUAAUUUUGCUAAAUUAUUUUGUGCUAAUAAAGAAGAUAAAAGUUGCAUAGAACAAUGUAGUAAUUUUUUGUGGAAUACUGAAAUAUCAGAUUUUAAUCAAUUUUUAGAACAAGAAAAAUUAGUAGUAUUUGAACCGAAGUCAUAUAUAAAUACUAUAUCUGAUAUAAAAAAUUUUUAUGAUUUACAAUUAUGUCAUUUUUCUAAAAAUACUUUUAAAGAUGAUCAUUAUUGUGUUUUAUAUUUUAAAGAGCAUAUAGGAGUUCUUUAUGAUUUUAAUUUGUCAUUUAUCAAUAGUUCUUAUUCUGUAACAAAAUUUACUCCUUUAAAAUCUUCUUUUAAUCAAACAAAUACUGUAUGUUUUGAUAUAGAAUGUUAUUUUGAUCCUAAUAUGGAUUUAUCUCAAGUAAAUAUACCUUAUUUAUGCUGCUAUACUUACUUAGAAGAUAAAAAUAGAAAAAUUUAUUCUACAGAGGGAAGAGAUUCUGUUUUAGAAAUGUUAAAUUCUGUUUCUAAACAAUAUCCUUUUCAAACUGUAGAAUUAAUCGCUCAUAAUGGAGGUAAUUAUGAUUUUCAUUAUAUUAUUUCUUCUAUACACGAUCCUUCUAUUAUUAAAAAUAUUAUGAUAAGAAAUAAUUCUUUUAUUAGUUUUGAAUUUGAAUUAAAUUCUACUAGAUUUAUUGUUAAAGAUAGUUAUAGUUUUUUAUUAUGUAGUUUAUCUAAUGCUGCUAAAGCUUUUAAUGUUGAUUCUGCAAAAACUGAUUUUCCUCAUCAUUUAAUGAAAUCUAAAGAAGAUAUAAAUAAUAAAUUGCCUAAAUGGGAUUCUAUAGAAGAAGUUCUUAAUGUUCAUUAUGAAAAAGAUAGAAUGUUUAUUACUUCAGAUAAUAUAAUACAUUAUAGUGAAGAUAAAACAUCUAAAAAGCUUAUAGAUUGGGCUAGACAAUAUUGCGAAAAUGAUGUAAUAGUUUUAGCAGAUGUAUGGAUAAAAUUUAAAGAGGCAGUUUUUGAUAUUUUUCAAUCAGACGUAGUGGACAAAUCUCAUACUUUAGCUGGAAUGUCUUUUAAUUUGUUUAAAGCUUUUUUAAGUCCUGAUAUAUUUUUAAUCCAUCCUAGAAAAGAAGAUUAUUUAAAUAUAAGAAAAUCUUUAAUUGGAGGAAGAUGCAUAAGUACAAAUGGUAUUCAUGAAGAUGUUUUAUGUUUAGAUGUUAAAUCUUUAUAUCCUGCAGCUAUGGCAUAUUAUGAUCAACCUUAUGGUAUGAUGAAAAAAGUCAAAGUUAAAAAUCCUCAUAAAUUAGGAGUUUAUUAUGUGUCUGUUUUACCUAAUAAAAAUCCUACUUCUAAUUUCUUCCCUUUAAGAAAAGAAGAUAAUACUAUUUAUUAUUUAGAUAAUUAUGGACAAGAAUAUUCUGCUUGGUAUACAUCGGUUGAUAUAGACAUAGGUUUACAAGAAGGACAUAAAAUACAAUAUAAUGCUUUUGAUGAAACUGGAUAUAUAGGUUAUGAAUGGGAACAUAAAGGUAAAAUAUUUAAAGAUUAUAUCGAAAAUGUUUUAUACAAAUAUAAAUUACAAUUUGAAAAUGAAAAUAAUCAGGUUAAAAGACAAGUUAUUAAGAUUAUUAUGAAUAGUUUAUGGGGUAAAUUUGCUCAAAAAUGGAUAGAUACUGUUUAUGAUUUUAAAUUAGGUUGGGAAAUAGAUAUAGAAGACGAUGCUUAUAUGGUUUGGGAUACAGAAUAUGUAUUAGUUAAAGGUAAAGAAGAUAAAGAAACUGGUAACAAACCUAUUCAAAACGGAGUUUUUACUUUAAGUUAUGCUAGAUUACAUAUGAAAAAAUUAUGGGACGCUGCUGUUAAAAAUAAUACUGUUUGUUUGUAUAGUGAUACUGAUAGUAUUUUUGUUAGAAAAUCAGAUUUUAAUUUAAAUGCUAAAAUAGGAGAUAUUCCUGUAUUAGGUUCUGAUAUGGGACAAUUAGAGUUAGAAGCUACUUUAGAUAGUUUAAUAUGCGCAGGUAAAAAACAAUAUAUUGGUUUUAAAAAAAUUAUUGACGGAAAAAUAGUAGAAAAAAGUAGAUUUAAAGGUAUUCCGUCUAAAUAUGUUACUCCUGAUAUGUUCUCUUUUUUACUAAAAUCCAAAGACAAUAAAGCAGUAGUUAAAUUUCUUAAAUUUAGAAGAGAGUGGGGAUCUGUUAGAGGUUAUAUAGAAAGUAAAGAAGUUAAAGCUACUUAA